AUGAAGUCACACUUAAAAAGAUUUCGCUUCUUAAACUAUAUUAAGAAAAUAAAAACGAAAAAGAUUUUGUAACUAAAAGAUAAAUUACAGGAUGAAAAUUCACAUAAGCCUGAUUUAAAUAUUCCUGCUUUUGACUAUAAACGAACUUUAAUCCAAACAAAUUUCGAUUAAACUGUUUUGGUUGAAAAUCCAAAAUUUUAAGAACCUUAAACUAAAAUACAAGAUACUUUGUAAAAAAAAGUAGAAAUUCCUAAAGGGCUUAUGCUUUUGGAUAUUGAACUUGUUGAUUUUGGAUUGAAAACUAUGAUUACUAUGAAUGAAAAACUUACUGUUGCGGAUGUCGUUUAAUAUAGUGUUGGUUUUCUUGAUAGAAUAUUUUCUGAUCCUUAAACUUGUACUAAAAAUCCGUUUAGAUUAAUUUAAAAUCUACAAAGUAUAAUAGAAUUUGAUAAUAAAGUUAUAAUGAAAGUUAUUGAUAGUCAAAAUAAAAUUAAAGAAUUAAAAUAUGUUAUUGAUAAUCAAAAUGAUAAAAUUAGAUUGAUUAAUAAAAUUGAAGGUUUGUUAUAAAGGUAAUAAAAAAAAUAACAAGUUUUUUAAAGCUAUUAGACAACAUUAAAUAGAUAAAAUAAUUGAAAUUAUAAAAUUAUAAUUAAAGGUUAAUAUAUAUAAUAAAAUAAGUAAUAAAUAUUUUUAGCUUAACUAUUUAAUUCAAUUUAUUAUUAAUGUAUAAUUUUUAACAAAUAAAAUUAUGAAUAUUUUUC